AUGCUCCGCCAGCGCCUCAUCCAGACUCUCCGAACUCGCGGCGGUUCAGCCACAGGUCCGAGCCGGUGGACCAGCCCGGGCCACGAGGAGCAACCUAAAGGUUACCUCUUCAACCGGACCCCGCUGCCCCCAGGCCAGACUCGAAAAUGGGAGGACUGGGAGCUCCCUUGCUACGUCACCAGCUUCCUCACCAUCGUUAUCCUUGGCGUCGGCCUCAACGCUAAGCCCGAUCUCACCAUCGAGACCUGGGCCCACCAGAAAGCCCUCGAACGGCUCGAGAUCGAGCAGGCCGGCCUUUCUGUUGCUGGGUCGUCUGAAUCUGACUGA